UUCUCCCUUCCUGCCCCGCGCUGUGACUGAUCUUCACGAGAUCCUUUGCGGGAGGACAUCACUCUCUCCUUCUCUCAACUCUUUACUCUGUUGAAGGAAUAUUAAAAAUGAGGUUGAAAUGAUGCGCACAGCAAGUAGGCCUAUUCAUCUUUGCGUCAAUCAAGUGGACAUUCACUCUCUAUUCAGAUUCCAAAUUGGAUGUGCAUCGAUUUCGGUCAUAAGGUGACAGUCAAUGAGUCAAGUCAUGAGAUCCUCCUCUUCCCGUCUGUCAAGUUUCUCUUCUAAAGAUUCUUUAUGGAAUCCGAGAUGCCGGAUCAAAUAUCGGUGUCCGAGUUUCUCUCGGAGACAACAGAGGAUUACAAUUCUCCUACCACGUCCAGCUUCACGACCCGCCUGCAGAGCUGUAGGAACACAGUCAACGUUCUGGAAGAGGCUUUGGAUCAGGACAGGACUGCGCUGCAGAAGGUGAAGAAAUCAGUCAAGGCCAUCUACAGCUCAGGCCAAGACCAUGUCCAGAAUGAGGAGAACUAUGCCCAGGCUCUGGAUAAGUUUGGCAGCAAUUUCAUCAGCAGAGACAACCCUGAUCUGGGAACAGCCUUCGUCAAGUUCUCCACCCUGACCAAGGAGCUGUCGACCCUGCUCAAGAACCUGCUCCAGAGCCUGAGCCAUAAUGUGAUCUUCACCCUGGACUCGCUGUUGAAGGGGGACCUGAAAGGCGUGAAAGGGGAUAUAAAGAAGCCCUUUGACAAAGCCUGGAAAGAUUAUGAAGCUAAAUUUACAAAGAUCGAGAAGGAGAAGAGGGAGCAUGCCAAGCAGCACGGGAUGAUUCGUACAGAGAUAACAGGCGCUGAGAUUGCUGAGGAGAUGGAGAAGGAACGCCGUCUCUUCCAACUCCAGAUGUGUGAGUACCUGAUCAAAGUCAACGAGAUCAAGACCAAGAAGGGAGUGGACCUUCUCCAGAACCUCAUCAAGUAUUACCACGCACAAUGCAACUUCUUCCAAGAUGGCUUGAAGACGGCGGAUAAGCUGAAGCAGUACAUUGAGAAGCUGGCUGCUGACCUCUACAAUAUAAAGCAGACCCAGGACGAGGAGAAGAAACAGCUGACUGCUCUCAGAGACCUGAUCAAGUCAUCCCUUCAGCUGGACCAGAAGGAGUCUAGAAGAGACUCCCAGAGUAAGCAGGGUGGCUAUAGCAUGCACCAGCUGCAGGGCAACAAAGAGUUUGGCUGUGAGAAGAAAGGCUACCUGAUGAAGAAGAGUGAUGGGCUGAGGAAGGUGUGGCAGAGGAGGAAGUGUUCAGUGAAGGGUGGCAUGCUCACCAUCGCUCAUGCUACGUCCAACAGGCAGCCUGUGAAACUCAACCUGCUCACCUGCCAGGUCAAGCCCUGUGCUGAGGACAGGAAGUGCUUCGAYCUCAUUUCCCAUAACCGGACAUAUCACUUCCAGGCUGAGGAUGAACAGGAGUUUGUCAUCUGGAUCUCUGUGCUAUCCAACAGUAAGGAGGAAGCUCUGAACAUGGCGUUCCGCGGAGAAGAGGACGGAGGAGGAGGAGAGGAUGGCCUGGAGGACCUGACCAAAGCCAUCAUAGAGGAGGUGCUGCGCAUGCCUGGCAAUGAAGUCUGCUGUGACUGUGGCGCUGCAGAUCCAAAAUGGCUGUCCACUAACCUGGGCAUCCUGACCUGCAUUGAGUGCUCUGGAAUACACCGGGAGAUGGGAGUUCACAUCUCACGCAUCCAAUCCAUGGAGCUAGAUAAGCUAGGCACCUCUGAACUCUUGCUGGCCAAGAACGUAGGGAACAGUAGUUUCAAUGAAAUAAUGGAGGAGAACCUUCCUGGUCCCUUACCGAAACCUACUCCUUCAAGUGACAUGACAGUGAGGAAGGAGUUCAUCAAUGCUAAGUAUGUGGACCACAAGUUUGCACGGAAGACCUGUACCUCCUCGGCAGCUAAGACCAUCGAGCUGUGUGAGGCGGUCAAGUCCAGGGACCUGCUGUCUCUCAUCCAGGUGUACGCUGAGGGGGUGGAGCUAAUGGAGCCACUGCCUGAGGGUGGACAGGAGGCCGGAGAGACUGCGCUCCACUACUCUGUGCGCACCGCCGACCAGACCUCACUACACCUGGUGGACUUCCUCGUACAAAACAGUGGGAACCUGGAUAAGCAGACAGAGUGGGGAAACACUGCCCUGCACUACUGCUGCAUGUACGAGAAACACGAAUGCCUCAAACUACUGCUGAGGGGMAAACCAGCCACUGACAUCACCAAUCAGAAUGGUGAGACGGCGCUGGAUAUUGCCAGGCGUAUGAAGAACAGUCAGUGUGAGGAGGCACUGGUGCAGGCUGCAGCGGGGAAGUAUUACCCGCAUGUCCACGUGGAGUAUGAGUGGAGCCUGAGGCUGGAGGAGCUGGACGAGAGCGAUGAUGAUCUCGAUGACAAGCCUAGUCCCAUAAAGAAGGACCGUUCCCCGCGGCCCCAGAGUUUCUGCCACUCGUCCAGCCUGUCUCCCCAUGACAAGCUGUCUCUGCCGGGCUUCAUCAGCCACCGGGACAAACAGCAGCGCAUGUCUUACAGCGCCUUCACCAACCAGAUGUACUCCGCCUCCACCGACCUCACUUCCUCUUCCCCCGUGGCCGAUGCCCCCCCUCUACCCCCCAGGAACCAGGGCAAAGCGCCGCACUUGGCAUUCCUCGGCUCUCACUCGCACUACGCCACUCUGGCCGGCACGCGACCAUACAUCACUCCUCCCUCCACCCUCACCCCCGGAGGCAGCUCCACCCUGUCCAAGAAGAGGCCUCCGCCCCCUCCCCCCGGGCACAAACGCACCCUGUCUGACCCACCCAGCCCGCUUUCCCACAGUAGAGGGGGCAUUUACGUGGGAAGUGACUCCAUCCCUCCACCUGCGAACAAGAUGUCACCGUUAUCCAACAAGUUUGAGGGCAUUCCACAGCAGCAAAGCACUACUUCUAGCAACACAAAGUCUACACUUGGUCCAAGGGUUCUACCCAAACUACCUCAGAAAGUGGCACUGCGUAAGAUCGACACCAUACACCCUUCUAUGGACAAACCCGGUCUGCCUCCAGAGGUGCUCCAGAAAUCCCCUCCAGGACCUGAAUGCCUAACUAAAGCCAUUCUACCCGACAAGCCCCAACUAGGGGACCUUCCCCCCAAACCCCAGCCCUCUGAGCUGCCCCCUAAACCUGGAGAACUGCCACCCAAGCCCCAGCUCUCCGACCUCCCCCCCAAACCGCAGCUAGGGGACCUACCACCUAAACCCCUGCUCAAAGACCUACCCCCAAAACCUCAGCUCUCUCAAGACGGCCAUCCGAAACCGGGGGUAGCAGAUCUGCCCAGUCCGAGACCACCCCCUGGAGAGCCUGCGCCGAAGCCCCACCCCCCGGAGUCAGCGRCGGCCAAUCAGCAGGCAGAGACUGAGAGCCCGUCCUCCCAGGGCAGCGAGGACACCAAUGGGAGCCCGGCAUGUGCUCCAGACACACCAGUGCCCUUGCCCAGGAAGAAUACGGGGAAGACCAAAUCUCGGCGGGUGAAGACCAUCUAUGACUGCCAGGCCGACAAUGAUGACGAGCUGACAUUUGUGGAGGGAGAGGUGAUCAUAGUGACGGGAGAGGAGGACGGGGAGUGGUGGGUGUGCCAAGCUUCUAGCAUUAUACCCAAGAAGACU